AUGUCAUCUCGCAAUGGAGAUGGAGAGAAGCUUGGGACAGAGCCGGUAGACGGUGUCGGAAAGCGCCGCGACGGUGAACUUGGGGCUGUCGAAUACCAGGAGACCGGCGAUAUCCUCUCAGCAGAGGGGGACAGGGGCUGCCCAAAAUUGGACGCGGGACGCGAGAUCGAAGAGGAAUGGCGUUGCUGCUUUAUAGUCAGAUUCCCAACUCGCGAGUGGUCUGGUUCAGCUGGGGACACAACACAACCUCCAUGA